CGUAGCGGGUAGAGCGACACCACGUGUUCAAGGAGAUGCGUGCUGCUAGCGCAAGUUUACAGAAUAAAGAAGGGAAAAGCCGGGACUUCGUAACGUCUUACAACUAUCAUUGUGAGAUUUAUAACGUUUGUCCUCAUCGAACAAUUCUUUCAAGCGUCAAAGGCCAGGUGUUGGACUUGGAAACUGAUAGGCUAAAAAUUGAAGAUUGGCCACCAUUUUGCAAAGCUUUAGGUUUUAAUAGAAAUUUAAAGUGGAUAUCCCUUAAAAGUAACUACUUCAAAAACCAUCCAGAAUUUAGAGGAGAUUCAGUUAAAUUUCAACUUCUUCAGUCAGCAAAUAAACUGAUCAAAUUGCCUGCUGUUCUGAGGGUGUCAGUUCUCGACAGUCUCUGUCAGAGUUUAGUGAAAUGUUUAAAUCAGAUUGAAGAACUAGUUGGGUUGGAACUGGUAGGACUUCCACUUGCUGAUCAACAAAUAACUGAUUUAACUAAGGCUUUCCAAAGUGCUGGUUGUCUUCGACAUAUCUCUUUAUCACACUGCACUGUUGGAAAAGGGGGAAUAGAAGCUAUCUGUAAAGCUCUAAGAAACACUUUGUCUGUGAGCCUAAGUAGUUGUGGGAUAACAGUGCAAGGUGCUGUCUGUAUAGCCUCUGUUUUAAAGUUUCAGUCAAUCAAACGCUACAGUGAAGCAUGGCAGGAGAGUCUUCGGUACAGGUGUCCAAAUUUGGAUAGGCUUUCUGGCCUCAGAAGGAUCACACUGAACAACAACCCAGAUAUUGCAGAUGAUGGAGCAGUAGCCUUGGCUAAUGUUCUUCAAGAAGAUCUCUGGUUGAAAGCCUUGGACCUGCAGAACUGUGGGAUUGGUGUUAAAGGUGCUGAAGCUUUUCUGGCCACCUUAGAUGUCAACGUAGCUCUGGAAAUUCUUGAUCUCAGGGGAAACUCCAAGAUAGGAGGACAGUUAAUACAAAAAAUCUUGGAGAAGCUCAAAAGAAAUAAUGAAGGAAAGCUGUGUGAG